CGCCUGGACCUGGCCACGCAGAGCCUGACCCUGGACACCUGCCGGGCGCUGGGCGAGCUGCUGCAGGAGGCACAGCUGACCGAGCUGGUCCUGAGCGACUGCAUGCUGAGCGAGGAAGGGGCCACACUGCUGCUCCAGGGGCUGUGUGCCAACACCGCCCUGCGGUUCCUGGACCUGAAGGGCAACAACCUUCAGUCCACAGGGGCCGAGGCUCUGGGGAAACUCCUCCGACAUAACAAAUCCAUUCAGAGCCUCACCCUGGAGUGGAACAAUCUGGGCGCGUGGGAAGAGGCCUUCGCCACCUUCUGCCGGGCCCUGGCAGGCAACGUCGCCCUGCGGCAGCUGGACCUCCGCAACAACCAGAUCAGCCACCAGGGGGCGGAGGAGCUGGCCCUGGCCCUAAAGAGCAACGCCAGCCUCCAGCAGCUGGGUGAGGCCCCGGAGGCCACCUCCACCAGGUGGCUUCCUCCCUUGGCCCUCGCACCACUUUUUACAAAANGGGCCCUCAGGGCCACACUGCUGCUCCAGGGGCUGUGUGCCAACACCGCCCUGCGGUUCCUGGACCUGAAGGGCAACAACCUUCAGUCCACAGGGGCCGAGGCUCUGGGGAAACUCCUCCGACAUAACAAAUCCAUUCAGAGCCUCACCCUGGAGUGGAACAAUCUGGGCGCGUGGGAAGAGGCCUUCGCCACCUUCUGCCGGGCCCUGGCAGGCAACGUCGCCCUGCGGCAGCUGGACCUCCGCAACAACCAGAUCAGCCACCAGGGGGCGGAGGAGCUGGCCCUGGCCCUAAAGAGCAACGCCAGCCUCCAGCAGCUGGACCUGCGCUGGAACAACAUCGGCCUCCUGGGCGGCCGGGCCCUGGUGAACUGCCUCCCCAGCAACAGAACCCUGUGGAGGCUGGAGCUGGCUGGGAACAGUGUCCCCAGCGACAUCCUCAGAGCCGUGGAGCAAGCCAUGGACCACAACCAGGACCGGGAGACCACCUUCCGGGAAAACCGCGCCCGCACCCGUGUGCUCAGCAAGGAGGUGCGGCACCUCCAGGAAGAGAAGUCCAAGCAGUUUCUGGACUUGAUGGAGACCAUUGAUAAGCAGCGGGAGGAGAUGGCCAGGAGCAGCAGGACAUCAGCAACACGCAUGGGACAGCUUCAGGAAGCCCUGGAUGAGAGGCACUCCAUCAUCAAUGCCCUUAAGGCCAAGCUGCAGAUGACUGAGGCUGCCCUGGCUCUGUCGGAGCAGAAGGCCCAGGACCUGCGGGAACUCCUGGCCACCGCACAGCAGGAGCAGCAGAGCCUGGCACAGAAGCAGGCCAAGGAGCACAGGCUGCAGCAACAGGAAGCUGCAGAGCGUGAGUCUAAACUGCUCAGAGACUUGUCUGCUGCCAAUGAAAAGAACCUGCUUCUGCGAAACCAGGUGGAUGAGCUGGAGCGGAAGGUGAAGCUGCAGCAGGACCAGCUGUUCCUGGCCAGGCAGGAAUUGACCAACACAUCGGCCGAGCUGAAGAUGCGGGCCAUCCAGGCCGAGGAGCGCCUAGAGCUGGAGAAGAGACGGUCGCGGCAGAGCCUAGAGGACAUGGAGCAGCUGCGAAUCAAGGAGGUGGAGCACAUGACUCGCCACCUGGAGGAGAGCGAGAGGACCAUGCAGGAGAGGGUACAGAGGCUGGAAACUGUGCGGCUGUCCCUGGAGGAGGAAUUGAGCCGAGUGAAGGCGGCAGCACUCAGUGAGCGUGGCCAGGCCGAGGAGGAGCUCAUCAAGGCCAAGAACCAAGUCCGCCUGGAGGAGCAGCAGCGCCUGACUCACCUGGAGGAGAAGCUGCGGCUAAUGACACAGGCACGGGACGAGGCACAGGGCACCUGCCUGCAGCAGAGGCAGACGGUGGCUGAGGCCCAGGCCCGGGGCAGCCAGCUGAGCCUGCAGGUGGAGGGCCUGAAGCGGCGCCUGGAGGAGCUGCAGCAGGAGCUGAACAACCAGAACCAAGAAAAGGUGGCUGAGGUGACCAGGGUGCGGACGGAGCUCCAGGAGCAGAUCGGCCGCCUGCAGGCGGAGCUGACGGCCCAGGAGGCAUUGAAAGAGAAGGUGGCAGCCCUGGAGCGCCAGCUGAAAGUGAUGGCGAGUGACCACCGGGGGGCGCUGCUGGACAGGGAGAGCGAGAGCGCCUCUCUCCGCGAGAAGCUGCGGCUCAAGGAGGCGGAGAUAGCCCGGAUCCGGGAUGAAGAGGCCCAGAGGGCCAGCUUUCUGCAAAACGCUGUCCUGGCCUACGUGCAGGGGUCCCCCCUGAGGGCCCUGAGCCCCCAAAAGUGAGGGGGGCAGAGAGGCCCCAGGAGUGGCAGGAAGGUGGCUCUCGAGGGACAGGCUGCCGCGUCCGGGUGUGCUUGGGCAAGGCGUGCAGCUGCCCACUUCAAAAGCCAGUGCCCAAGAUGCACUGGCCGCUGGCCGCUGGCCGCUGCAGCUCACCACCUGGUGCCUGAGCGGGCGGGUGCAGGGCCUGGCUGGCCAAGAGGGCUGGAGUGGCCAGUGCCCCUUCCCCGCUGUCCUGAGAAAUGUGCCCGCGAUGGAAGGAAAUGGGAGCAGAGUCCAGCUCCCGCAGCCGCCCGCCUGGUGCUUCGCAGCCACCUGUUACAAUGUAGCCGUGGAUGCCGCGGGCUGCGUCGAAAUAAAGAACUUUUACACUUUGUGAUACA